GCAGUAGCGAUGCGCGGCAGACAGCCAGCUCUCCUGCUUCCUGAACUGCCUCACUCCUCUCUGCAGCUUCACUCCGCAGGAUCACUCCACACUACGACACCAGCUCCAAUCAUGUCUACCAAGGUCGCCGUGGUUACGGGCAGUAAUAAGGGCAUCGGCCUGGCCAUCGUCCGAGCGCUCUGCAAGCAGUACCAAGGAGACGUUUACCUCACCGCCAGAGACGUCACUCGUGGACAGGAAGCUGUGAACUCUCUGGCCUCAGACGGGCUGAAGCCAAAGUUUCACCAGCUGGACAUCAACGACCUGAACAGCAUCACCACCGCCGCUGCUUACUUUAAGGAGAAGUACGGAGGAGUGGACGUCCUCAUAAACAAUGCUGGGAUAGCAUUCAAAGGAGCAGACACAACUCCGUUUCCAGUCCAGGCAGAGGUGACCCUCAAGACAAACUUCUUCGCCACCAGAGACAUGUUGACUCACUUCCUGCCGCUCAUCAAAGCUGGAGGUCGAGUUGUGAACGUCUCCAGCUUCGUCGGCUCCCGCGCUUUGAACAAGUGCAAGCCGGCCCUCCAGCAGCGUUUCCGCAGCGAGGACAUCACAGAGGAGGAGCUGGUGGGACUGAUGGAGCAGUUUGUGGAACAGGCCAAGAGUGGCGAGCACGAAAAGGGCGGCUGGCCUGACACGGCGUACGGGAUGUCCAAGACUGGACUCACGACCCUAUCCAUGAUCCACGCUCGUCGUCUGUCCAAGGAGCGACCAAAAGACGGGAUCUUGGUGAACGCCUGCUGUCCGGGUUGGGUGCGCACCGACAUGGCCGGUGAUAAAGCCCCCAAGUCACCAGAGGAGGGUGCCAUCACUCCGGUCUACCUGGCCCUGCUGCCGGCCGGAGCCACGGACCCUCACGGAAAGUUCGUCUCCGAUAAAGAAGUCCAGCCUUGGUGAAAGGGCAUAAAGAGUCCAGCGUAUCAGAGUCUCAUCUUCAGCACUUAAAUUACCAAAAAACUGACACACUAUAUCGAUUUCCAAAAAGGAACAUCCACAAUUUGAAAACAUUGACAAAAACAUCAAACAAUCUGGAAAAAGUUAAGCAGUUAAACCAAAUGUUGAACGACAUGAAACCUCAAUAACUCAAAAAGCUCAAGGGAAACACUGAUAUGUGAUGUUCUUUCUGUUUGUACUGUAUGUGUGUGUGUCUGCUGGGUUAAAUGUAACAAUAUCCAUGAGUUAUGUGUUUUUGUUAAAACUCUAUUUCAUCUCUUUGCCUUCGAUGAUAUAAACAUUAUUUCAAUCAAAUGUUUUUUUACAUGGAAAAAGAGAAUACCUGCCUUAACUGAAUGAAGCUUAAAUGUUGUGAUAUCAAAGAAAAUGAAACGCUUUUCUGUCAAAACUUAUAAAGUACUUUUCUACAAUGCAA